AUGGCCGAUGUUGAGCCCUGCGUUCGAGCCAUACCUGAAAACCCCUGCCCCCAGAUUCAUUCAGAUCCGGCGCAGAACCAUGACCAGAACCAUGACCCCUUCAUGGCUAUCAUUGGGGCUCCAGCUACCAUUGGGGCUACCUUUUGGGACCUUCAGGCAAUAACAACCCUGGUUGAAACUGUGAACGGCCCAGUGGAGAUGCCCAUUGAGACACCCAACCUGGGGGUUGGAACUGCAAGCGCCGAGCUGGAGGAUGUGGUGGACGAAUCAGACGUACUAGGUAACGAACCCUUUAACAUGGAAGUCGGUGCAGAGGACGAGGAAGACGCGGAGGACGACAAUGGCGAAGAAGCCUUCGCCGAACCUUUCGUCGAACCCUGGGAAUACGAUUUAGCUGAAGACUUUUUAGUUGGCCCCGUUGAUGACCAAGAAACCACCACCGAUGAUGCAAACAGCUCUUCUCCAGGAAGCCCCUUUCUUCCUCCAGGCGGGGUAUGGACCGCGGUAGCAUUGGCUACCGGUGCUGGCUCAAACGAGCUUGACACUCCGGGGGUGGGCAGCGAGGUCCCCGAGCAACAGGCGAAUAAUGGUACAGGCAAUCAGGCACUAAUGACAGGGAGCCAAGAUUCUCCUUCAUGGGGGAGUCAACAGGCUCCUUCAUGGGCAUUCUACAAUUCAGCAUACAAUUCAGCAUACAGAGAUGUGGGAGCGUCAAACUUGAAUUGGCAUGAAACGGGUCGACACCUUGGCACUCUGGGUUCUACUUCAAGGGGCUAUCAUCUUGUGCGCGCCUAUGAGAAGGAUUUGGAGAUGAGAGCCCUUGAAGACAUGGAUGUCGGUGGUCAGAGGGAAAUUGGCAUUUAUUGCCCCAACACUCUCACCUUUGGUUACCCUCUCACUUGUGAUUAUUGGGUCACCGACGGGCAGGGUGCUCCUCGUCACGCCAACGCGUCUUCCAAGUCGGCAGAGCGCAGAGCCUGGAUACUGGAGGCACGGGAUGCGGGUUGA